ACAGACAUUUUUCGCUUCCCGUUUUUUGGCGUACUUCAAAUAUCGAAUUGACUUUCACGUUCAACCUUUUUUCACCACCUGAAGGCAGCAUGAGAACCACAAAAUUUGCAUACACUUUCAUCUGAAUGAUGUUUGCAGAUGGCUGCUGCUACUCUUCAUUUCAUUUCAUCGGUUUUAAAGAGAUAACAGCAACAACAAGAAGAACAUAAAACGCUUCCAGAAUCCUCAAAAGAUCACAAAAGGAGAUGUAGUCAAAGAGACGGAGGAACAAGCAUCAUCAAGUCGCAGCUUAAUGAAACAAACAGACAAACGUCCCACAAGAGAAAGAAGAAAAAAUAUAAUGUGCUUAGUUAAAUAGAAAACGUGUUCAGUGAGUAACCACUGACAAGAGAGCCAUUCACAUUCACAACUGAGUAGACACAUCAUCAACAACAACUGAAAAAAAGAAAAAAUAACUUAAGAAAACGAACUAAAAGGGUGCUAAUCAAAUUGAAUAAAAGUUAAAGAAAAAUCAAAUCAAAUGAUUUAGCAUCAUGCUUUACAACACUUACUCCGAGUCAGAUUUGGAGAGUGAAACGAAUUUUCAACAACCUACAACGGGAUCAGAGAAAAUGCCAAACAAUAGCAAUUUCGUCCGCAAUAAUAGCAUUAAAAAUGGCAAUAAACAGCUCCAAAAAAAUUCGCUUACGGCAGGCCACAUUCAACGAAGAAGGGCGAGUGAAUGUAGCUAUUAUAACGUGAGCGACGGAGCUGAUAAUAUCAGUUAUUAUGGGAUACCAUUUGGCGGACAAAAGCGUGGGAGUUUGAGUGGAACUAUGAAUGGAAUGCGAAGAAGCCAAAGCAACAAGUCUUCGCUAUCAACAUCGUCGGGUGACGUCAGUACGGGUAGCAGAUCAAGCACGUGUAGUGGCGAUGAUACGACAAGUACAUCAUCAGGACAACCAAAUCUGCCUUAUCCAGGCUUUGUAGAGUUCUCUUUCAAAUAUCUAAGUCAAGAUGCACGACCAAGGAAUUGGUGUUUGCAGCUCAUCACAAACCCGUGGUUCGAGCGAGUUUCUAUGCUUGUCAUUCUUCUGAAUUGCAUAACACUCGGAAUGUUCCAGCCUUGUGUCGACGACAAAUGUGAGAAAAAUCGCUGUAAAAUAUUACAGAUCUUUGACGAUGUUAUUUUCGCGUUUUUCUCUUUGGAAAUGACGAUAAAAAUGAUCGCUAUGGGUGGAUGGGGACGUGGCACCUAUCUUGCUGAUUCAUGGAAUCGUUUGGACUUUUUCAUAGUGAUGUCUGGUGCUUUAGAAUAUAUUUUACAAGUAGAAAAUUUAAAUUUAACAGCUAUUAGAACUAUUAGAGUUUUGAGGCCAUUAAGGGCUAUAAACAGGAUUCCAAGUAUGAGAAUCCUUGUAAUGCUGCUAUUGGAUACAUUGCCUAUGCUUGGAAACGUUCUUCUUUUAUGUUUCUUUGUCUUUUUUAUUUUUGGAAUAAUUGGAGUUCAAUUAUGGGAAGGUAUACUGCGACAGCGAUGUGUAUUACAAUUACCUGAUGCUGUUUUAAAGCCCGAGUAA